GGUAAAACCAAACGUGACAGAGUAGCAAAAGUAAACUAACGGAUAAGCAUCGAUGGUAAUUGUUGUUCAUUGAAAAUUCAGACUCAUAUUCUUUGCCAAGAGUAAAAGGCGACGACUUUAAUGUACGAGUAAUAAAUCGAAGAAAGAAAAUAAUUGGGCCAAUAAAUUCGCCCAAUAUAGUGAAUACAGGGAAAAAGUGAAACUUUGAAUUUAAAUUAGUUGUUCUGGAGACAACGCAAAUAGUGGUAAUUGAGUGAAAUUAGCCAGCGCAGUCACAAGGAAGGAAGCAGCACUGCAGUAGCAGAGGCAGCGGAAGGCGAAGAAACACCCGUCUGCAGCUAUUGUAAGCAGCGUCAGCGUCAGCGUCGCGGCUGAGGCAGUUCAGCGCCCCAACCCCGACCCCGACCCGGAAAACUUAAAUGUGAAAAGAUGGCGACGAGUCGUACUAGUCGCAUACAACAAACGAAGAAUAUAAAUUCUUUCUUCUCCAAAAUACAAGGCGCCUUCUCGGAGGCGUGCACACAGCAACGAUUAUCAACUGAUAAGAAAACACUGGAGAAAACAUGGAAGUUAAUGGACAAAGUUGUAAAGCUGUGCCAGCAACCCAAAAUGAAUUUAAAAAAUAGUCCACCUUUCAUAUUGGACAUACUGCCGGACACGUAUCAGCGAUUGCGUCUAAUUUACUCGAAGAAUGAGGAUCAGAUGCAUGUUUUACAUGCCAACGAGCACUUCAAUGUCUUCAUUAACAACCUGAUGCGCAAGUGCAAACAAGCCAUUAAAUUGUUCAAGGAAGGAAAGGAGAAAAUGUUUGACGAAAACUCACACUAUAGAAGAAAUUUGACUAAGCUUAGUUUAGUCUUUUCACAUAUGCUCAGCGAACUGAAAGCAAUUUUUCCUAAUGGAGUGUUUGCCGGUGAUCAAUUUAGAAUUACGAAAGCAGAUGCUGCCGAUUUUUGGAAACUUAAUUUUGGGAACAGUACUUUGGUCCCAUGGAAAAUCUUCCGGCAGGAGUUGAACAAAGUACAUCCAAUAUCAUCUGGUCUAGAAGCGAUGGCGCUAAAAACAACCAUAGAUCUAACUUGCAACGAUUAUAUUUCAAAUUUUGAAUUUGACGUUUUUACCCGACUUUUCCAACCAUGGGUAACCCUCCUGCGCAAUUGGCAAAUAUUAGCAGUCACACAUCCUGGAUACGUGGCCUUCCUGACUUACGACGAAGUUAAGGCGCGAUUGCAGCGAUACAUUCACAAGGCUGGAAGCUAUGUGUUCAGGUUAUCAUGCACGCGACUUGGUCAGUGGGCGAUAGGGUAUGUUACCGCAGAUGGAGAAAUUUUGCAGACCAUACCCCAAAACAAAUCCCUGUGUCAAGCGUUGCUGGAUGGCCAUAGGGAGGGCUUUUAUUUGUAUCCGGAUGGUCAAGCUUGUAAUCCUGAUCUAUCAUCAGCAGUGCAGAGUCCUACGGAAGAUCACAUUACAGUUACACAAGAACAAUAUGAACUAUACUGCGAGAUGGGUAGUACAUUUCAGUUGUGUAAAAUUUGUGCAGAGAAUGAUAAAGAUAUACGCAUUGAGCCCUGCGGGCAUCUGCUAUGUACGCCGUGCCUCACAUCCUGGCAAGUGGAUUCAGAGGGACAGGGUUGUCCGUUCUGUCGGGCCGAAAUCAAGGGCACGGAACAAAUUGUAGUGGACGCUUUCGAUCCGCGUAAACAGCACAAUCGCAAUUCGACGAAUGGCCGCCAUCAGAAUACCGACGAUGACGAUACAGAGGACGGCGCAGAGUUCAACAUAGCCACAUCGUCGCUCCACGCAUUGAGCAACAGUAUGACCACGACUACACCUGCCGCGGACAAGCACAGUCCUCACACGUCUCCGCGUUUUGCACGUCGAAGUACUACGCCCAGCUUGCUUGCUGUGCAGAACGACUUGUAUGCUGGCCACGUGCCGAGUCUUACAUUAGCCAACUCAGGGGGCAGCAACUACAUCGUGGCUGCGAGCGCAUCAGCUAUAGCUAACUCAAUACUUUCACCCCAGCCUACACCCACAGCACCAUCGAUACAUGCGCUAAAUGGCGGCGGUGCGGGAAUCGGAAAUAGUAUUAGCAACGUUGCAAGCGCUGUUCAAAAAUCGACCAAUCGAAUGAGUGCACCUCUAAUGGGUGCUGCUGCUGCUCCGAACGGCGGUAAUUCUACUAGCAACUAUGUGACGAGAAUGGCAACGAGCAAAUCCGAACACAACGACCAUUCCUCGUAUGCAAUCUUACAAGGUCUGCAAGAACCUUUGCUGCUACAAGCGCAACAACAGCCGCAGACAACAGGGCAACGCCAAACUGUUGGCGCAUCUGUGAUUGGUGGGGUCUCGGGAGCACCUCCUUUGCCGCCACGAAAAUCAUCACCUGGUGUGGAAAAUAGCGCCUCAAGUAUUAUCGGCGCAUGCGUUGCUGUAACGCCAGUUGCAGCCGCAGUAGCCAAGCAUAGGGGGCAGGCGACAAUUGGAGCUGCAACUCCUUCAGAUAGUUCAGCGGCAAACACAGAAGGGGCUGCUAUGCCACCGCAGACAACAGCACCGCCGAUACCACCACACGGCAACUUAAUGCUAGUUGAUAGCAUUGUCGAAGACUUACGCACGCAACAAAUCGUCACGACUACUGCAAUGACAUCCACACCUUCGAUCUCAUCGCAAUCGACACCAGGAUCGGUAUCUGCUACUACGCCUACGCUUUCGAUACUCGACGACGACAUCGUGGGACCAGCAGAGACCAUUAUGGGUGUAAUUGAUACUCGGCCAUUGGAAGCACGUUUGGCCGCAGCUGCUCUAAUUUUGGAACCAACAACGGUAAAGUUGCCGCCUGCAGCAGGUAUCACCUCCAUGCCAUGUACUCCGCACUACACCCAGCUUUGCAACGCUACAUCAUCAACACAACCCGCUGCAGUAACGUCAUUAGUACCUACCGGAGGUGCGGCCGUGAUACCCGGGUCACAUGCAUCACAGCAUUUAAAGCAACCACAACAGCCUCUGCUUUACGAGAAUGUUACGAUCAAUCCAAAAUAUUGCAAUGUUCCGUAUGAAAAUAUCAAUCUGGAAUAUAUUGCACGUCUUAUGAAUGAGGGUUAUUCCAAGGAAAAUGCCAUUACAGCGCUGGGAAUCUCGCGAAACAACAUUGAGAUGGCCUGUGACAUUUUGCGCGAAUUCGUAUCAAAAAGUAGCGUUUGAGAUGUACGGCGAACAAGAAUCCCUACAAAUGCAGCAAGCAUUGAAUGCAAUAAUACAUACAUACAUAUAUCAGGUUAGUCUAAUAUAUAGAUCAGUUUAGUUCGGUGCUGCGUGAGAAUCUGCAAUUAUUUGCCCUUGGAAGGAAUGCUACAUAUAAACAAGAUUCAAAUUUAGACGAGCAAAAGCAACUGCAUAUACGAAUAUACUUAAUUUUUAAUUUCUAAAAUAACUUAAACCAUUAAACAAUGCAGAAGAUUUGAUUUUAUAAAAUCAUCAAAUAUACUAAAGAGCUGGAGUUUCCUCAAUUUCGCUUAAAACACGUAUUCAAAACGAAUAUGGAAACAAUUUUCAUUUUAAACAUGCUUAAACAUCCAACAAGUAAAAAAUAUUAUGUAUGUUAGUUAUACAAAAAUGUAGCUCCUACAUACCUAUAUUAGUAAACUCAAAGGCAUUCGCAUGUAGUGGCAGGGCCAUAAGCAAUACUCAAUGCCUCAAAAUAAAAAAAAUAAUUGUCGAAAACUACAAAAAAAUCAAAGAAAUGCAAAUAAUUAGGAAGUUAUUAAUGAAAUAAAACAACUACAAAAUAAGUAAUAAGAUUCUUAUUCAAAUUAUACUCGAAUCAAUGCAUACCUACAUAAAUUUAUUGCAAUAUUACUAUUACAGGAAAAGCCAACUAUUAUAUUACCAAACAAGAACUACUUCGAAAAAAGUAUGUCUAAUUGCCAAACUACACACACAUCAUUCUCAAGUUUAGAAAAACUUCAUAUCUACCCAUUUUAUGUUAAUUGAAACGUGCGUGGGAAUGUAUUUUAUAAUUCAGAGCCUUAAAAAUUAUGAAAUUCUCGAACUCAGCGAUAACUUUCAAUAUAUUAAUACUUUGAAUAUUUUUUAUAUAAAUAUAACAAAUUAGAUAUUGAUUCGGAAUCUAUGGGGCGCUGUUGUAUGAAGACGAUAACCUUUUUUGUGUAGAACAAGCUGGGUAGACAAAAUUAACUUAAAGGGCCCUCUCGCAAUUCGGAUUAAAAUAUUUAUUUUUAUGCCCCACAUCCUACUGCAGGUAAUGACCGUGCUCAGAAAUCAAUUAAUUAUUGCAAAUGUAAGCAAUUUUAGUAAUAAUAAACAGAAUUUCGAGAGCUCCCGGCACUUUCGACAAAAUCUCAUUUUGACGCUAUGUAAUUUUGUGUGGAUGUUUUGCUGGUGUGUACUAUUUUGAUGAAACCUUAGAAGAAAAUUUAUUUUAAAUUUAUGAUUUCAACUUAAGAAGAUGGUAUAGUAAAUGAGUACGAAUUUCGAGUGCAAGUGCGUGGACGCACUUCGCUUGAAUCAUAAAAUUUGACCUAUUCAUAAUAACAGCAGUGCUGCCAUUAAGUGAUUAGCGAGCGAAAUUAUUUGUCUUAAAGCAAAUUAUUUUUGAUAAGUUAACAAUUUGUUGUUAUUGUAGCAACAUAAACAUUACCCAUACAUAUACGGGGAAAGCGGAUGAAGUGACAGUCCUUGGUCGGAUACAAAUCCGGGUCGUUCCGGAUACGUAGGACCGACUGUCGUGGGAACGAACAAUUCUUGCCGUUGAAUGUGUUGAAUGUCGAAUUGUAUAUUGUCUUGGCAGCGGACAGCAGAUUACAGGGGGUAUGUAGAUGUAAAAAUUUCAAGCUGGGCACCGCCUGACCGGUCAGCUAUUCUUUACAAUUUUAAGAUGCUGUCCUUGCGGUCAAUGUCUUCAUCGAUGAGGCGAUACUGCACAGUUUGAUGAACUAUAAAUGCUAGAUCACCACCAUUGGCUCACGAUCUUUUUGGUGUAUCCUGUCUGGUGAUCAGGGAGGAACUAGCGUGCAGUUUUGUCUCUUGAACCGCAGAUUUAAAAGACUCCUUGUGAACUCAUAAAGUCGAUUAUAUUGUCACUCUUACUCGUGAAUCCAUUGCAGUUCAGUCGUAGGAGCUUAAAAUUUCUCGGGAUGAGAGUCGCGAUGUAGACUUGUCUAUGGUGGCCAUGCUGUGCAUGCCGCUGUUGUCGUUGUGGCCUGAUGGUAGUCGGCCGCGCCCCACUUGAUGGCUGCGGGUGCAAAGCUGUGUCAAAUCUCGAAUAAUACGCAGUCACCAGCACAUGACGUGAGGCAGAAGCCACGGGGGCUGAGGGCGCCAGAUGGCGGGAGCAAAAUGUGACCACAAGUCUUUAGGUGGCACCACUCGUUGCACUGGCUGCACCUAACUGAUGUAGAGUUUGGUUGGAGCCGUCUUUGGCAAAUGCAGCAAAAACACACUUCGCGUCCAGGGUUAGGCUCAAUGCCAGCCCUGAGGAGAAGUAAAUAUUGAGAGCAGUCUUGUUGUUCUCUACAAUUAUUCAAUGUUUGGAAAUCAAGUGAUGUAUUUGUACAAGUAUACUUUUUUUUAGGAAAUCGUAUGCCCGAUAAAAAAAUAGGUAUUUCUUCGAGCAUUAUAGAUAUUCACCUGCUAUUACUAUAGAAAGAGAAUGUCUAUUUUGAGAUUUCUUUGAAAUGAAUAAUAACAAAUGCGAAUUUGGCCGAUUUAAACAAAACGAGCCAAUCGUUUAUUUCUUGUGCUAAUCGGCGCAAGUUGGACACACCAGGUAAGGCCAAGUCCUUCUCUAUUUGAUCUUUGCAACUCAAAGCGGGCCUUCGCUGAAUCUGAAUGAAUCAGUUGGUUGAUGGUGUCUUCAGUCUUUCGCACAAUACGCUUGAGAGAACCUUAUACGCUAUAUUUAGAAUACUGAUACCGCGGUACUUGGCACAGAUUCCAGGAUCCAUCUACCUUUGGUAUUGGGCAGAACUUACUUAUCGGCAGG